GAGCGCACAGGGACUUGAGCUCUCCCUAAACCUCACAGUAAAUCCCUUUAGCUGUGAGUUUACAUGGCUUGACUGAUCUCUGCGGGACGAUCCAGGAAAUGCAACAGGUGGAGGAGCAGAUAAUGAACUCUGUGCUGCCGUCUUGUUAGCGUCCCAGGCUAGCUGCUGUGUAGCCUACUUGAAGGUGCCUGUGGACGUCGGGACAAACUGCGCACUGUUGUAAAAAGGUCAGGUGGAAAUAGCACCAUGGAUGACAACAGCUUAAACGUGAAAGUCGCUGUCCGUGUGCGACCAAUGAACAGAAGAGAAAAAGACUUGAAGACGAAAUGUGUGGUGGAGAUGGAGGGGAAUCAGACAGUUCUGCAUCCAGCUGUCGCUAAUAUGAACAAAGGAGACCCCAGGAGUCAGCCAAAGGUUUUUGCCUUUGACCACUGCUUCUGGUCAAUGGAUGAAUCUCAAAAAGACAAGUUUGCAGGUCAGGAUGUAGUAUUUCAGUGCCUUGGGGAAAGUCUGCUGGACAACGCCUUCAUGGGUUACAAUGCAUGCAUCUUCGCUUAUGGACAGACAGGCUCUGGGAAGUCGUACACCAUGAUGGGCUCUGCAGAGAACCCUGGUUUGAUCCCUCGGCUCUGCAGCUCCCUGUUCAGCAGGACGGUACAGGAAGUGCGGGAAGGAGAGAGCUUCACCGUGGAGGUCUCCUACAUGGAGAUUUACAACGAGAAGGUCCGAGACCUGCUGGACCCUAAAGGAAAUCGACAGACACUGAGAGUGAGAGAGCACAAAGUCUUUGGGCCUUAUGUCGAUGGCCUCUCUCGCCUGGCUGUGGCUAGCUACAAGGACAUCGAGUCUCUGAUGUCAGAGGGAAAUAAAUCUCGCACUGUGGCAGCCACGAAUAUGAAUGAAGAGAGCAGCAGAUCCCACGCUGUGUUCAACAUCAUCCUCACACACACACUAAUGGACCUCCAGUCUGGGACGAGUGGAGAGAAGGUCAGCAAACUGAGCCUGGUGGAUCUGGCUGGCAGCGAGCGAGCAGCAAAGACCGGAGCAGCGGGGGACCGCCUGAAAGAAGGGAGCAACAUCAAUAAGUCUCUCAGCACGCUGGGUUUAGUCAUCUCGGCCCUGGCUGACCAGGGAGCAGGAAAGAACAGGAACAAGUUUGUUCCCUACAGAGACUCAGUGCUCACCUGGCUGCUCAAGGACAGCUUGGGAGGGAAUAGCCGCACAGCCAUGGUCGCCACCAUCAGCCCCGCUGCAGACAACUAUGACGAGACACUGUCGGCCCUGCGUUACGCUGACAGGGCCAAGAGCAUCGUCAACCAUGCUGUGGUCAACGAAGACCCCAAUGCCAGGAUUAUCCGAGAGCUCAGAGAAGAAGUGGAGAAACUGAGGGAGCAGCUUACUGAAGCUGAGUCUAUGAAGGCUCCUGAGCUGAAGGAGCGGCUGGAGGAGUCGGAGAAACUGAUCCAAGAAAUGACGGUCUCCUGGGAGGAGAAACUAAGAAAGACGGAGGCUAUCGCACAGGAGCGUCAGAAGCAGCUGGAAAAUCUGGGCAUUUCCCUGCAGUCCUCUGGAAUCCGAGUGGUGGAUGACAAGUGUUUCCUCGUCAACCUUAAUGCCGAUCCCGCCCUCAACGAGCUGCUGGUCUACUACCUGAAGGACCACACCCGUGUCGGCUCGGCCAACUCGCAGGACAUCCAGCUUUGUGGAAUGGCCAUCCAGGCCGAACACUGUGUCAUUGACAUCACAGAGAGCAGUGGAGUGGUGCUCAGUCCUCACCGCAACGCUCGAACGUGUGUGAACGGCGCUGCAGUCACCAGUCCAGUCCAGCUUCAUCAUGGUGACAGAAUCCUGUGGGGGAACAACCACUUCUUCAGGAUAAACCUGCCCAGGUAUAUGGUCCAAGCAGCAGGUGAAGAUGAAGAGGGCGGGGCCGCAGUGAAGGCGUGUUUGAGCACAGAGCAGCUGGAGGUGGACUUUGACACAUGCAGCGAUGUGUCGAGCGAGCUGAGCUUCAGCUAUGAGUUUGCCCAGGCUGAAGUCAUGAUUAAAGGCAUGGGCAACAACGACCCCUUGCAGUCGGUGUUGCAGACCCUGGAGAGGCAGCACGAGGAGGAGAAGCGCUGCGCCCUCGAGCGGCAGAGACUGAUGUAUGAGCAGGAGCUGCAGCAGCUCCGCCGGCGGCUCACUCCUGAGAAAUCCUCCCACCAGCUGGACCCAUCAGGCCUGCUGCCCAGCGGAUCUGCUGCUGGAACUUCACCCACCUCCCACAAACGCAUGCGGCGCUGGAGUGAAGACAGAGAAGCAUUGAUGACUCGCAGCCUGAGGCGCCUGAAGGAGCAGAUUGUACGGGCCAACCUGCUGGCACAGGAGGCGGGCUUCAUAGCAGAGGAGCUCAACAAGAGAACAGAGUACUUGGUCACUCUGCAGAUACCUGCCGCCAACCUGAAUGCCAACAGAAAGCGUGAUGUGGUACUGAGUGAGCCGGCCAUCCAGGUUCGUCGUAAAGGUAAAGGGAAGCAGAUCUGGGCUCUGGAAAAGAUGGAGAACAGGCUGGUGGACAUGAGGGAGCUCUACCAGGAGUGGAAGGACUUUGAUGAAGAGAACCCUGUGAUGCGGUCCUAUUUCAAACGUGCUGACCCGUUCUUUGAUGAACAGGAGAACCACAGUCUGAUUGGAGUGGCUAACGUCUUCCUGGCCUGCCUGUGCCAUGACGUCAAGCUGCAAUACGCAGUACCCAUCAUUAACCAGAAGGGAGAGAUUGCAGGUCGGCUGCAUGUGGAGGUGUGGCGGGGUGCAGAGGGCUCUGAGGAGGGGGGUCCAAGGCGGUCUGAUUCCCAGCAAAGUAACACGGACAGAGAUUCACAGGAGCGCAGGCUGAACUGUGUGGUGAAAAUCCUCCAGGCCAACGGUUUGCCUCGUCACCUGUCCAACUUCGUUUUCUGUCAGUACCACUUCUGGGGUCUGAAUGAUGCAGUGUUCAUCCCCCCAGAGGUGGCGCCGUGCACCCCUUCCUCCUCUUCCAAAGACCCUCAGUGCACUGUGGUCUUCGACAGUGCCCAUGAGCUUUCAGUGUCGGUGUCUGAGGAUUUUGUGGAGUUUCUGAAUGAUGGCGCUGUGGCUAUCGAGGUUUACGGCCAUAAGCAGGCCAACCAUCGCCGAAACCUGGCACUGUGGGACCUGGGAGUGAUUCAAGCCAAGACCCGAUCCCUCCGAGAAAGGUGGAGUGAGGUGACCCGUCGGCUGGAGUUGUGGGUACAGCUGAUGGAGCUGAACGAGGCAGGAGAGUUUACAGCAGUGGAGGUUGUUCCUGCUAAAGACGUGCGCACUGGAGGAAUCUUCCAGCUACGACAGGGUCAGUCCCGUCGGGUUCAGGUGGAGGUGCGUCCAGUACCAGACUCUGGCACAAUGCCCCUUAUUGCAGCCUCCAUCCUCUCAGUGUCCAUUGGAGACGUCAAGGUCAGGCAAACGCGUAACUUCAAAGGCACUGAAACGCACCAGGGUGCUGAUGAAGAAAUGGACAGCUACCAGGAAGUCGACCUAGAGAGGAUGAGAGAACAGUGGCUUGACAUUCUCACUCAGAGACAGGAGUAUCUGGACCAGCACCUACAGAAGAUAGUCUCUAAACCAGAUAAGUCUGAGGACGAUGUUGAGAGGGAGUCCCAGCUGCUGGAGUGUCGCCUCACACUCACUGAGGAACGCAACGCUGUCCUGGUGCCAUCAGCCGGCAGUGGCAUCCCUGGAGCGCCAGUUGAGAGAGUACCUGUCCCCGGUAUGGAAACACACAUUCCUGUCCUGUUCUUGGAUCUCAGUGCUGAUGAUUUCCAGUCCAGUCUUUCCGCCCCAUUGGCUGGGGGUUUGGAUGCGUCACUCAGUGGAGAGGAGGAGGACGACUUCGUUGACCUUCAUAUUGUCAAACAUAACGAGCCGGAGGUGAAGGUGGAGGCUUCUUGGGACGCAACAAUCCACGACUGCCCCCAGCUGAGUCGCGUCACGUCAGCUGACCAGCGGGUUUACCUGACAGUCAGCACGGUGGUGCAGCUGAGCCACCCGGCACACAUGCAGCUGUUGCUCAGGAAACGCAUCUGUGUCAAUGUCACCGGGAGACAGGGCUUUGCUCAGAGUCUGCUGAAGAGGAUGUCUCACCGCAGCACCAUCCCCGGCUCUGGAGUCACCUUUGAAAUAGUUUCUAACAUCCCAGGCGACAUCCAUGGUCCAGAGGACAGGGAGAUGCUGGCCCGGCUGGCUGCCAGCACUGAGGACCACGAGUCAGCCGACAGUGAGGCAGCCAUCGAGAAAUAUCUGCGCAGCGUGCUGGCUGUGGAGAACAUCCUCACGUUGGACAGGCUCAGACAGGAGGUGGCCGUGAAGGAGCAGCUCGCAGUCGGAGCGAAAUCUCCCAGACGCUGCCUGAGCUCUCCAAACAUCAACCGGCUAUCAGCCAGCAGUCUGGACCUCUACUCCUCUUAUCAUAAGCUCAAUGACUUCAAGGGAUGGGACAGCCACCAGGACCUUUCUCUGAUGCCUUCUUUGGCAAGACGCACACUGCCAAGCUCCGUAUCCCAGAACCUGAACCCAGAGACAGUGAAGGCCGUUCCCAAUCCUCUGAAGUCCCUGCUUCCUGGUGGGAAGGAAGAUAUUAAAGAGCAGACAGCCGUCCAUCAGCAGGUUUAUCCUCCUGAGCCAGAGGAGUAUAGGAUAGCUGUGUUUGACCUGCUCUCUGAUGGUAGACAAACUGCUCAUAGUCUGCCUCACAUCACGGUGCAGUCAGCCAGCAUUGAAGAGGGUUUGAGCAAACAUACACAUCCAGUUCCUAUUGAGGAAAUCCUUCCUCCUGAUGUCCAUACAGAGAGUCCCAGGUCCUUUUCCCUCCCACCGCCUAUCAUCCCAGAGAUGGAAGAGUCCACCCCUAGCCCUGUUAGCGAAGCAUCGAGCGGAUACAUCUCGACAAGCAUAUCCACUGCAACUUUAUCAGAUGUAUAUACGCUAAGCUGGGACCUUCCUCCGUCAUCUGGCUUUGAGGCAGUUCCAGAUGAAGAGGAAGAGGAAACUAAAGGCACACAGUCUCUGCUGGUUUCAGACAAACAGCCAGCCGAAGAGAGGACCGACUCGCUACCAUCCAGACCACAGGAUAAUCUGUCGGAUUUGAACUGGAGUCAACAAGAACAACAUGAGUCACUUUCUGACCAGUUGAAGGAGCAAAGCGAGUCUGAUUCAUCUGAAGAGUCAGACUUUUCGUUCCAGACCGAACUGAAGCAAGACUCUACAAUUGGCCAUACUGGAUUAGAAAGAAUGGACAGUUCAGACCUGCCUAACCCUUAUCCUUUAAAAAUGGAGGAGACAGAAUUCUCUGCAGACCACUCACAAGCAGAAACACCCCUAACAGAAGAACUUUACCUAGCAACCACAGACCAAACAGAAACUGAACUGCCAGUCCACUACGAAACCCAACCGUCUUCACAAGAAAGUCAAGAUCAGUCUGAAACGAUCAUCCCUCACCCCCAGCAACCUGAAAAUGACCAAAAAACCUUGGACAGCAUUCAACAACCAGCUCUGAACAUCGUCCCUGAUGUGUCUCAAGUGCUGGGUCCUGAUGCUUCCCAAUCCGGAGAUCUUGCCCCUCCAGCUUCUUUUGAGGAACAAGCCAAUCCUCCUGUGGACCUGAGCCCAAAUCCAACAUCCACCCUCACUUCUUCAUCAACUACAGAAGAAGCUCAACAAGAUGAACCUGUCAGUUUGUCUAGAAAUGCUACCACAGCUCCAGAUCCUUCUAUGUCCACUAUUAAGCCUUCAAAACCAGAUGCUUCAGCCGCAAACCCCUUCAAGAUCCAGAAAGUCAAGUCUUCAGAUCUCAAGUCUUUUCAGGGAAUUGUGGGUGAGGAGGAGGACAAGACAAUUCAGAUGGGCCAGGACAGCAGCCUUAACUUGUCAUUGCCGAUGGAAAACCUGGAGAUUAUUUCCGAUUCUGAAGAAGGAGAUGCAGCAGCAAAUGCUAUUCUUCCCGACUGGUUGAAAGAAGGGGAGUUUGUUACUGUGGGGACCAAUAAAAGUGGCACCAUCCGUUAUGUUGGACCCACUGAUUUUGCAAAGGGUACCUGGGUUGGAGUGGAACUGGAAGUACCAGCAGGAAAGAAUGAUGGAUCAGUUGGUGGCAAGCACUACUUCCACUGUAACCCUGGUUACGGUGUGCUGGUAAGGCCAAGCAGGGUCAGUCAGGGUGGUGUCAAGCGUCGUCGCAAGCAGCAACAGCAAAAGCGCCACAGUGCCCACUUGUCUGGAUCAAGCCCCAACCUGGCAGUCCUUACCGCUCUAGCCAAAGGUGAAGGGGGUGGUGCAACAACCGGCCGCAGCAAAGGAGACAACCGCAAGUCAUGGAACACUUGAGAGGGUCAAUGUUCGCUAAAUGGCUAAUUGAUGGACACUUUGGAUGGAUACAUUUUUAAACAUUCAUCUCCUUUCGAGAGUGUAUGCUUUAUCUUGAAUCUUGAUGCCUUCCCAGUAUAUUUUGUGAAAUAAAUCAAGUAAUAUUUAAUGUUUUAUUGGAAAAUGUGUACUGUUUUAGUUUUGUUAAUGACAAUUUCUAUCCAAUUGAUGUAUUUUUUUAUGGGUAGCAGUGGAAAACAAUCAAAGGAGACUCUCAAAAUCAGCACAUUUUUUACUUCCAUAUGUUGUGUUAGUGCCAGGGGAAAGUUUAUUUGCAUUAUGAUAUAUUCAUGUUAAGUUCACUGGAUUACUCAUCACUGUGAAGACACCUUAUUUCAUGUGCUCAUAUUUCUACUGUAUAUUGUGCAGCUGCUGGUUGGAUCAACCUCCAAGUAUUGUGGAUUCAAUACACCGGUUGGUAUUGUGAAAGUAUGUGGUCGUUUUGAUCCAGUGCCUUGAAAUGUUUCUCAUCAAAAGUGCCUUAGAGGAAGUCCACCAAAGAUUGUGCUGCUGGUGGUUGAAAUGUGUUAACUGGAGCUUAUUUUGAUGUUUCAGAAACUAUUUCAAUUAACAAUUUUAAUACGCUCCAAGCAAGUAUGACCAGAUCGAUUGGAGGUGGCUUUUAAAGAACAGUGAUGUGUGGCAGUUUUUUUGGACUGUGAUUUUUUCAUUAGCAGGUGAUUGGCUCUUCGUGUGUAUGAGAACUUGUUGAUUUGUAUGUGAAAAGGAUUCUUGAGGGAUUGUGUUGGUUGUAAUGAAUUAAAGUAUUACCUUGUGUCUGGUAAAUCAGAUUUUAUACUUUUAUGCAUUCAAGUUGUUUGAAUUCAAGUUUUGAAUGCUUAUUUAUUUAAACAGCCACAUGAAACUGAAAAUGAACUUUAUAUAUUGUUAAAUAAAUAUAAUUCUGCUCACAUCAACCAAUGCGUGAUUAAUCCUAAAGGUACACUCUGUAUGAUAUCUACUGAAUUAAAUUAGAAAUUGACCUUACUGUAUCACCAGACAUUAAAGAAACAUGCGUCAACAACA